GGGCUGCCUGGGCCCUGGACGACCAGUUGCUUUGCUUAGAGCUAGGCCGCCUAGCCACCUCGACCGCCGCGGGGUCUGCGUGACCAGUUAUUGGCGCAUUGAUAGCUCAAAAUCAUGAUCCUGAGGCAACCGGACGAGGCAGCCUAGUUGGGCAGCCCUAAGACCUCACGAUGCUGCGCCCGUCGAACGCCCAGCCCCUGUCCCCCGCGGGCAAGCGCCGGGCCGCACGCGCGCGAGCCAAGCUCGCCCAAGCAUUGGAGCCGUACCUGCCGGGCGUCGUAAACAGUAUAAUCAACGAGACGGUCGAGGACUUGAGAGGAUGGCUCCGCGACGACGCCCUGACGGCGAUCCUGGAUGAGCGCAUGACGUCCGUGCGGCAGGUGCAGGCGGAGGUGAUGCCGCGGGACAUGACCUCUGACGUCGUCGACGACCUGAUUGACGAGGAAGUAUCGGAGCAGGUGCCCGGCCUCGUCGAGGAAUUUAUCAGAGAACGUGCGGACGCCUACCUCAUGCAAAGGCGUAGUGAAAUGGCCUACGAGGCAAUCUACGACGCCAUCGAAGCGGAGAUGCCGAAUAUGGUCGAGGAGGCCUUCGCCGACGCGAAGAGCGAGCUCGUCUACGACGCGCUCGACGCCGUCGAGGCGCUCGCGGCGGACGUGGCCCCCGAAGCGCUGGAGGAGGUCGCGGCACAAUAUGAAAGGGACCGCAAGGCCGCCGCCGAGCGGGCCGUGCGCGAGACGUGCGAGACCCACGUCUUGAGGACGGCCUCGCUGCGGCACCUCGCCGGCGCGCUGGGGGCCAAGUCGACGUCGUUGGAGGUCUACCACUACUUAUCGUUGCGGGCCACGGCCCUGCAGGUGGGCCGGCUCGACGACGCAUUGCGGCGCUGCGUUUCAUUACGGGACCGCCUAGAAAACGAGCCGCUCCUCGCGGACGGCGUCAAAGCGGCCGUCGCGGACGCGGGCGUCGAGCUGCUCCAGGGGCAGGUGCGCCACGCGCUGGCCGCCGAGGAGGCGGCGCUCCAACAACGCGAGGACGAGGCCUACGGUCGCAUUCAAAUGGCGCCCGCGCCUGCGCCAUACUCGUCGGCGCUUUUGUCGGCGCCGGCGCCCGCGCCUCGAAUGGCGCGGGCGUACUCGUCGGCGUCCGAGCUCGGGUAAGAAUUGAACUG